GUCGUGUAUGAAAGUGCAUGUUUUCACCGAUGGCUACUGAAGCCAGGAGAGUCCGUGGACCAGUACGUUACGGCACUGCACGUCCUCGCAAACCGCUGCGAAUUCGGUGAGAUGAAACAACGCAUGAUCCGGGACCGGUUUGUCGUGGGGCUCCAUGACGACAAGCUUUCCGAAAACCUGCAAAUGGACGCCAAGCUGACCUUGUCAUCGGCGUUAGCCAAGGCACGCCUCAAGGAAGUGGUGCACCAGCAGCAGCGAGAACUUCGUUCACGAGAGCCCGGUCAACAGGCCUGUUCUUCGACGAAAGAGGACCUGAACGUAGACGCCUUGAGCCGACGCCGGGAUGCACCUCGAAGAAAUGUCUACGGGUCGGAAACAUCACAUCAGGACAAGCAGUGUUCAUUCUGUGGAGGCGACCAGCAUCCAAGGUCGGUGUGUCCUGCAAGGGCACAGAAGUGCUUCAAUUGCCACACCAAGGGACAUUUCAGCCGGGCC